AUGGCAUCAGAAGUGAAUUCUCUUCACGAUUCCGCUACACUUUCCUUCUCAUUGCAACUCAAACUCUCCGGCACAGUCUUCGCCGAUUCUCGAGGCUUAUUUGCUUCAGUGUCCGACGAUCAUCCAGGACUCGUGCUUGUUUCUCAGCCACUCCAAGAAGACAAUUAUGCUUCGUGGUGCAGAUCGAUGCGUCUUGUGUUGAGUGGCAAACGCAAGAUUGGCUUCAUUGAUGGUUCUUUGCAGAAACCAGAUCCAACUAUUCAUCCCGUGCUUGCAGAAUCUUUGCAAUGCAUCAAUGACAUCGUCACGACGUGGUUGCUAAACUCGAUCUCCAAGGACAUUGCCGCGAGUGUGAUCUACGCGGGUUCAGCCGCUGUCUUUUGGCAGGACCUGGAGACUCAUUUCUCUCAAAGCAAUGCACCUCGGAUCUUUGAGCUGAAACGAUCUCUCAUAUCACUGACCCAAGGCUCUUUCUCUAUUUCACAAUACUUCACGAAGUUGAAGAUCCUUUGGGAAGAACCCAAUACCUUCAAGCCUCUGGUCUCGUGCUCCUGCGGUGGUGUCAAAUCAAUUCAAACCUACCUCGAUCAAGAAUAUGUCAUUCUGCUCCUCAUGGGGCUAAUGAAAAUUUGGCAAAUGUUAGAAGCCAAAUCUUGUUAUCAGAUCCCCUCCCUUCAAUUGGCAAAGUUUUCUCUCUGGUCUUGCAAGAAGAGAAAUGAAGGGCACUUACUUCUCCUCAACCUAGCCAUCACAUGGCAUUCACAGUCAAGCAGUCUUUGA